AUAAUGAGAUGUGAGUGUGAGCGAAACUUUUGGUGGUUGACGUCCGGUUGAGGGAGGUAGAUGGCAGCAGCUCCUCGCCCCGGCCUCAGUGCUUAGUCAACACCCGCCGCUCUCCUUGGACUCUUGCUACUUCAACCCCACCACACAAAGUCAAAAUGUCGUCCCGCAAGGCUGGAAAGAAGACCGUGAAGAAGCGCGCCCAGCGUGCCACUAGCAAUGUCUUCGCCAUGUUUGAUCAGGCCCAGAUUCAAGAAUUUAAAGAAGCCUUUAACAUGAUUGACCAAAACCGUGAUGGAUUUAUCGACAAGGAUGAUCUCCAUGACAUGCUGGCAUCCCUAGGCAAGAACCCCACCGAUGAUUAUUUGGACAGCAUGAUGAAUGAGGCUCCUGGACCCAUCAACUUCACCAUGUUCCUCACACUGUUUGGUGAUCGCCUCCAGGGAACAGAUCCCGAGGAUGUCAUCAAAAAUGCAUUCGGCUGCUUUGACGAGAACAACCAGGGCUACAUUAAUGAAGAGCAGCUAAGAGAACUCCUUGUGUCCAUGGGCGAUCGCUUCUCAGAUGAGGACGUCGACGAAAUGUACCGGGAGGCCCCAAUCAAGAACUCCAUGUUCGACUAUGUGGAGUUCACGCGUAUCCUGAAGCACGGUGCCAAAGAUCUGGAGGACCAGUGAUAAGUGAAGAAGCUGGAGUGCUCUCACACUACAGUACAUAAUAAUUAGCUGAAUUUUCAUUGAGGGAGAGGUGGUGAAUGUCAGGUGUUUAUAGGGAGGAAAUUUUUUUCAGUAAGAGUUUCCUCAUAGACUUUUUGUAUGCAGAAAGAAAUUCAAAUAUGUUAUCUAUUUACUGAGUUUUACAUCACGUGCAAUGUAUAAGUUUCUUUACCUUCAUUGUUUAAUAGUAUUUGGAUAUAAUUAAUUCAGUUUGUAUUGAGAAGUUAUAUAGUGAUGUUCCUACAGUAAUGACUGAAAGGGUUAAUAUGCAUAAGCCUCAAAUAUUUAUAUAAAAAAUUAACUUCCUGCAACAUAAAGUGUGAUAUUUAUGAAGUAACUUAAUGGUGUAAGUUAUAUCAUGCACAGUUAUUAUAAAAAACAUGUAAAAGUAAGACCUGGACUCUUACAGGGUAAUAGUUUCCAGAAUAUUACAUUCACUGAGUACUUUUGAAGGACUAAAAGUGUAAGACUGUUAAAGAAACAUUAUUUUUACAUUUAUUUUUUUUUGAGGUUGUCCGAAUCUUUUCCGAUGCUAGUACAGUACAUUUAAUCAGGUUGAAAUAAGGUGAAAGCACUAGUGACUUAAAUACUAGUUGAACAAUUGGAUGUGCUUGUAUACAGUAUUGAAAAAUCGGUUUCAUUCAAGCAUCCCUAAUGUAAUUAAUUAGUACUGUGAAACGUGAGCUCACAUGUAACUCCUAUCGAGGGACUUAAUUUGCUUUAUAUUGUAUACAAUGAUCAGAGUACCAGACCCUGCUUUAACAGCUCUACUUUAAUUCAUAUUAGCUUGCUAUUUAUUGCAUUGAGAAAGUAUAUCUUCAUAAUCAAAUGACUUAUUAGUACUAUAUAGUGCCUUAGCAUGAAAAAAUACUAAUAGUUACAGAAUAUUUACAGUUUUGUUAACUAAUGUAGAAUCCUGCUUGCUAUUAAUUAUUUUUUGCAAUGAUACGCUAAAGUUUUCAUUCCAGUAAUGUAUUGUAUUUGACGUUCCUACUUUUUCAUUGUUGAACGAACCAUUUUGUUAUAUUCCCAACUUUUGGAUUACAUUUUCUAUUGUGUGAACUCAUUCCAGUGCAAAAUUUUAUACAAGGAUUAUACUCCGAUCUUUCUAAAAUAAAUGUAAAAUUUUU